ACAGUCAGGCAUUCCGAGGGGAGAGAAAGUGGGUGUGUGCGUGUUGGGUGUGUUUGUGUGUGAGAAGGAGGAAAAGGAGCAUUACUAUGUAAAAGAACCUGCCACUGUACGCACGCACCUCACACUCUCGUUCUCUCAGAACCUGAGGGGUGUUUCAUGUCACUCUGAUUUUUUUCUCCAAGGAAGAGGAAUACUGAGGAAAGAGAUCAGAGGAAGGGGGGGAAAUAGCAGCGAUGGCUUUCGCGACCGUGUGGAACUACUGCGUCCCUCUCACCAUCAUCACCGUCGCCUGCCUGGUGCGCACCGCUCGUUGUCAGGCGGUGCAGGCGGAGAAUGUGACAGUCUUGGAGGGAGGUACAGCCCAAAUCUCCUGCCACCUGCAGAAAUACGAUGGAUCAAUCGUGGUUAUCCAGAAUCCCCGCCGGCAGACCCUCUUCUUCAACGGCACGCGAGCCCUGAAGGACGACCGUUUCCAGAUGGUGCUCUUCACGCCGCGGCUGGUGCGCAUCGAGUUGACCAACGUCAGCGUGUCGGAUGAGGGCGGCUACUUCUGCCAGCUCUACACGGACGCCACGCACCACCAGGUGGCGACUCUCUCUGUCUCGGUGGUCCCGGAGACGCCCACGGUGGAGGUGAAGGAGGAGGCCGUGGAGGGCGGCGAGGUGGAGCUCACCUGUAUGUCGCCACGAAGCAAGCCGGCCGCCACCCUGCUCUGGAUGCGUAACGGCCGUGCGAUACCAGGUGUGGUAUCUCAGCAGGACAACGCUAAGACGUUCAGCGUGUCCAGCACCAUCCGGAUCCCGGUAGAGAGGAAAGACAACGCGGCGCUGAGCUGCGAGGCGUUCCACCCGGCGCUCGGCGGGCAGAAGAGGAUCCGACACUACCGCCUGGAUGUGAAUUUCGCACCAACAGUCAGGAUUGUUCCUCCCUCUGGUAUUUUGCGAGAGGGCGACUCACUCAGCCUCACCUGCUCUGUCUCUGGAAACCCUCUGCCCAGGAACAUUCAGUGGUCCAAGAUUAAUGACUCCUUACCCGAGAGGGCAGAGAUUUCUGGCCCCACCUUUCAGAUUUCCCGUCUCAGCCAAUCACACAACGGGACGUACUUGUGCCAGGCCCAGAACAACUACGGACGCGCUGCCGAUCAUUACACCCUACUGGUGUACGAUCCCGGUGCAGUGGUAGAGACCCACAGCGCAGUACCAUACGCAGUGAUAGGUGGCGUUCUGGCACUGCUGGUUUUCACCGUCAUCUGUGUCCUCAUCGUCACCAUCUGGUGCUCUGUUCGACAGAAAGGUUCCUAUCUUACCCAUGAGGCCAGCGGGUUGGAUGAACAUGGAGAGGUGCAGGAGGCUUUCCUCAAUGGGAACGACGCCAGCCAGGGCAAGAAGGAGUACCUACUGUAGCCCCUCCCCCUCCCUAUCCUCUCCUCUUCUGACCUCAUCCCCCCAUCCCUUCCUCUCCCUGUCUCUUCCCUUAUAUACAGUAUAUACACAUACACACACACACACACAACACACACUUCUAUACAAAGCGCCAUAACAGGCAGCCUUCUGAAAACGACUGUAUACAGAUACUGCACACAGUAUGCCGAUCCAUCCCGCUCCAUUCCACUUCAUGUCCUCCUCUCUCACACACACACACACACACACACACACACACACACACACACACACACACACACACACACACACACACACACACACACACACACACACACACACACACACGCACACACCCAGCGACAGACUGAGAAAAAAGAGAGCCUAUAGACCCACCAGCUAUUAACGACUGUGCCAUAUACUGUAAGUCGGAGAAACUGGGGAAAAUGGAGAGCAAGAGAGGGUGAGGGUGAAUGUAGACAAUAACGAAAUGAUGCCAUAAUUAUUUUGAUCGAGAGGGAAGCGGGGAGCACAAAGAAAGCCAGCACUUUGCCCGUGCAGCCGUCAAAGUGGGAGGGGAAUUAGGGGCAGAUGACUGCUAUAUUUCCACGCCGGGAGAGAAAAAACAUCUAUUUCACAAAGCUCAAUCUAUAACUGAUGGAGAUGGGGGGGUGUAGGAGCUAUUGAGAGCCAGAAAAUUGAAAAUUGAAAUUUUGAAAAUUGCCAAAGCAUCUUUCCUACAGAGCAACUCAUAUAUAAUUAUCUCACAACACAGAGAGUGUUUCAGCCCACAGUCCAGGGGAAGUAUUCAGACUGUAUGGACCAGCUAACUGUCCUGUUUUGAUAUCCCUGCUAGGUGCCCUGUCAAUAAUUUGUGAAAAAAUAUAAUCUUUUCAUGAUUGUAUUUCCUCUCGCUGCAACAGUGAGGAGGAAGAUUUUCUCUUUUCUUUUAAUUAACUCUCCAUCUCCUCCAUCUCCUCCUUCUCCUCAGUUCACCUGUUACCAUCCUCUCCCCUCUCCUUCUCUCUCUGUCUGUCCCCCCUUCUAUCGCUCCUCCUUUGUUGGCUCCUAUUAAUGAAAGGAUUAGUGUUGGGCUGCGUUCCCGACAAAGAAGAAAGGAAUAUGACUUGCUAAGGCAUUAAAGAAGAGCUUAAUUAUUUUAGAAUGUCAUUAAGAGGAUAAAAAGGUUUAAAAGUCUUAAUAAGAAGGGCAAGGGGAGUGAAUGAAUGAGAAAAUAAAAAUGGAUAUUUUUUCUGAAUGCUACCACACAUGCAGAUACAUGCACACAUUCAUACGUACAGUAAACAUGUUGACAGAACAAGUAUACAUAUCUCUGAACUCCUUAUUUGUAUAAAAAAAGAACAGCAACAUAAAUUAAAUGAAACUUUUAAGAAAAAGAAAAAAAAAUGUUUACUAUUGAAACGCAUUAUGAAGCAACUAUACUAACACAGAAUAUUAGCCAAUAGAGGUGCAAAGCCGAACAAACCACUGUCCAGUGAUCUUUAAAGAAAAUAAAGAAAAUAAUAAAAAAAAAAAUGUCAUUCGUCUUUAUGAGAAACCAGAGGUCUUAUGGAUUUUUUAUUAAUUAUUAUUAUUAUUUGAACAAUUAUGAUUGUUGUUAAUGUUAUUAUUAUUAUUGCCGUUGUUAUUAUUAUAAUUGUAAAUGUAAAAGAAAUGUACACUUCCCAUGGUUUGUUUUUGGUUCUACUGUAGAGAAAUUGCUGUCUUUUUUCCACUCUUACCUUUCCUCUCUCUCCCAGUCUUUCUCUCUCUCUUCGUCUUCUGUGCCUAGUCGUCUCUUCUCCUGUCUUUCACUCUUGUUUAUUUUUAGAGUCCAUGUGUCAUUGUUGAUAUAUAGCUAACUAUUCUUUAUAGGGGAAAGAUACAAAGCACGACAAAAUAAAA